AUGGCGAGGGCAGGAGCAGGGGCAUGGACAUGGGCAUGGGCAUUUUCCAAGGCUAGACUUGAGAGCGAUUGCUACAGUUAUUCGAGGUUACUUGGAGGUAUGUGUCGUCAUAUCAUGAGCCAUGGUCCCAAAUCAUGCUCUAAAAGGCUGUUACUUGUGACGAAUCAUGGUGUGCCUGUGGAGCUGCUCGAGUCACUUAAGGAUGCUGCAAACAAUUUCUUCUGCCAACCUCCUGAAAAGAAGGCUGUCUACCGUCAAGGUGUGAGCCCUAGCCCAUCGGUGAGGUACGGUACAAGUUUUGUGCCUGAUAAAGAGACGGCAUUAGAGUGGAAGGACUACAUUAGCAUGCGUUAUACUACUGAUGCUGAAGCUCUUCAAUAUUGGCCUCAGGAAUGCAAGUGA